AUGAAGGAGGCCAAAAGUAUGUCCAAGGUACCUUUGAUCAGGUACAUACAAGGUACCAACCUGAGUACAGAGUACGACAAGUCAGGAAUAUUUUCUCUCUGUCGCUUGCAAAUGGAGAAGGUAGCACAAGAUUUGAGAUCCUUUGAGAAGCAGCAGGGUAAUCUCUGCAAGACAUUUGAGGAACUACAUUCUCAAGCUUUUUCUGCAUUGAAAGAGCUUAAGAAUUACUUUUCUUCAAAUCAAUGUACGUUACAGUCCAUAUUUGUUCAGCUGGUGGAGCGAGAAAAACAAAUUUUCACCAAGGAGAAGGAAGUGGAAGCUCAAGAAUUCAAAUUUAACGAGGAGUAUGAAGAGAGGUUGCAACGAUUGGUGGAAAUUGACAAAUUAAAUGAAGAGUAUCAUGAAAAGAUUGCAGCCAAGAACAAAAGUGUUGAAGAACUUAAUUCAUUGAUCCAGAAAAUCUCAGUAGAGCUUGAGAAAGAGGUGGAGUACAAUCGUAUAGUAGCAUCAACUUUGAGGAAUACCGAGAGAUUGGCUUCAUUGGAAAACAGCAUACUUCAAAAAUCUGAAGAGAAUCAGAGAUUGGCGAAGAAGUUUAGAGAUGUUACUGACUUGAAAGAAAGCCGGUUAAAUGAGGCACAAAGAUUGUAUGAAAAAUGCAUGAAGGAUCUUGAUUUGAAAGAAGAGCAACUGAAAGUUCUUGAACAGAAAAUCAAGCUAAAAGAGGAAAUGCUUGACUCGAUUAAAAGUUCGAUAAAGGAUCGCUCCUGUGAACUCGAAUUGAAAAGGAAGCAACUUGAGUAUGAAGAAGCAAUGGAGUCCAAAUUGGAGGAACUUGAUUUGAUUGAGAAAAAUGUCAAUGAGAUAGCAGACUUGUUGAAAGAAAACAGUAGUUAUGCUUCUGCCCAAAAAUUGUUAGAAGAACAACUGUGUCAACUCCAACAAAAAGAGAUCGAGUUUGAAAAAAAGGUCAAUGCCUUCAACCUACGUCAGCAAGAGUUCGAGUCAGCUAAAAAAUCAGCCUGGUUGGGAGUCAAAGACAAAAACAAUAUGUUUCAUUCUGUAAAGAUUGAACGAUGGGAACACACUCACACUUCAGCGAGUCACCAAUUUGGUCCAACAAAUGAAAAGAGCUUAUUAGAGCAGUUAAAUGAAUGUUUAAAGAAGUAUGAUUUGGCUUGUCAUGAAAUCUUUGUUCUUUUUCAAGUUUCAUCAGACCCUGCAAAAUUGGUGUUGGAAGCAAUGCAAAGGAUUUACUGUUGGCAUUCGUAUCGUGAAGAUAAAGAGAUUGUAGAGACUAAUAUGAGGAAAACCAGCAUCCUUUUGUCUGCGCUGUCGAUGAAAGCCUCUGCAAAAAUUAGCCCUCAAGUGACACAAGAAGCUUCUAAGUUAGCAAGUGAUUGGCAUGCUAAAAUGAAAGUGGCAAAGGCUAACUGUCUGGAGGUGUUGUGCUUUUUGCAGUUCGUGGUUAGCUUUAGUUUGACAUCUUCUUUUGAUGUCAACACGCUUCACAGUAUUCUUGAUAUUGUUGGCCUGAACGGGCAGGCAUCGAGAUUACUUCCAGCAAUGUGUACUGCGAAUAAAGCACCGGAUGUAGAAACUAUUCAAAAUCUCAUCCUAAAAAAGGAAAUCAUCCAUGCUGUUGCACUCGUUUGUGAGCUGAAGCUAACUGACAAGUUUUCGCCAGUGACACUUCUGGUUGAAUACAUCAAGGAUGCUGAGAACUAUACCUCGCUAGUUUGCAGAGGAAGGAGAUCAAUCGAAGCCAAGAAAAAAGCCACGGUCAAAGAAAUAACUGUUUUGAAAGCAGUAAAGAAAUGCAUUGAAGAUUGCAAUCUCCAAUCUGUGUUCCCAAAAAGCCAAUUCUACCAAGUGGGUCAGCGCCUUGUCAGUUUGGAAGAGAAGCUUCAACUAUAUAGGUAUGGCCCAAAUGAAUCCUUGAGAAAGCGAAAAAACGACGAUUCCACUGCUAGCCAACAAAUUAAAAUCAAGUAUUCUCAGAAGAAAUGAUACAGUUGGUGCUUGCUCAAACUAAUCUUUAUUAUAUAUAUAGUUUACACAUAGUACUUACUGCCAAAGUGGCAUUACAUAUAUAGGGCCCGUUUGCCAUGCAGUCUACUAGACUGGAUUGUAUUAGAUUAUGAAUUAGAACUGGACUGUACUGCUGGA